CUGCUGGUGCUGCUCCCUCUCGCUUCACGGAGCCUCUGCUGUUUUCGUGCCACAGCCUGCAGCUGUCUCUCCGUUGCGCUGUUUGUGCAAAAGCAGCGACGCGCGCUCGGCGAAGCGACGACGCCUCCCUCCUUCCUCCGAGCGUGUGUGGCGCACACGAUCACAACUUUGGAACAGUUUCCAUCCGGCGCAGUUAUUGGAGAUAAGUGACGCCAGAAAUCUCCACAGCUGGAAAGACUACAGGAAUGUGGAAUACAAUUCUGCGUGCGCGUAAACGGAGCCGCUUCUGCCCCUGAAAACAUGACCACAGAGCUGAACUUGACUUCCCUGCUCAACGUGACUGAUCUGCACAACCACACCAGAGGAUGUUCCCUCACCAAAACCGGGUUCCAGUUCUACUACCUGCCCACUGUUUACAUCAUGGUCUUCAUCACGGGCCUCGUGGGUAACAGCCUGGCCAUUUGGAUGUUUGUGUGCCACAUGAGACCGUGGAGCAGCAUCUCCGUCUACAUGUUCAACCUGGCUCUGGCUGACUUCUGCUACGUCCUCUCUCUGCCCUUCCUCAUCUUCUACUAUUUCAAUAAGACGGACUGGAUAUUCGGCGACGUCCUCUGUCGGCUGCAGCGCUUCAUAUUCCAUGUGAAUCUGUACGGCAGCAUUCUGUUUCUGACCUGUAUCAGUGUUCACAGAUACACCGGGGUGGUGCACCCGCUCAAGUCUCUAGGUCGACUGAAAAAGAAAAACGCGGUUAUCACCAGCGCGUUGGUGUGGGCGGUGGUUAUCAUUGGCAUGUCCCCCAUCCUUUACUAUUCUAGGACCGGCUUGAAACGCAACUCGACGAUUUGCUACGACACCACCACUGAGGACGAGCUGCCGGCUUAUUUCAUUUACAGCAUGACUUUGACUGUGUUUGGAUUCUGCAUCCCCUUCAUCAUCAUCCUGGGCUGCUACGGUAUGAUUGUCAAAGCGCUCAUCUGCAACGAUAUGAACAAUUCGCACCUGCGUCAGAAGUCAAUCCACCUUGUUAUCAUCGUGCUUGCGGUUUUCGCUGUUUCCUACCUGCCUUUCCAUGUGAUGAAGAAUCUCAACAUGAGGGCCAGGCUCUACUUCCAGAGCCCCGACAUGUGUGACUUUAAUAACCGCGUCUACGCCACGUACCAGGUGACACGGGGGCUAGCCAGCCUCAAUAGCUGCGUGGAUCCUAUUCUUUACUUCUUGGCAGGAGAUACCUUCAGGAGAAAACUGUCUCGAGCCACUAAAAAGCCCUCCAGGAAGGGGGACAACCCCUUUCAGUCCAAAAGCGAAGAGACGGCUCUUAACAGCCUGGUUGAGUAUGUGGAGAAUGGAGACCGGAGGCUGUGAUGCCAUUUGUUAGCACCGGGCUCUUUGUUAGCAUUUAAAACCACAACGGACCCGAUACCGAUUGAAGGCACUGCGGCAAACAUACUGGAUGAUGCUGAGUUGAGAACUGUAUAGUAAACCAUCACAUCAACAUAACUGAAAAGCUAUUGUACUGUACUGUACUGUUCUGUACAAGUGCAAUUGUUAGGAUCAUAAUUCUUUACCAAGCCAUUCUUACUACAGCUGUGUUGUUUACACUUUGGACAAAGUAUUAUCAGCCGCAACCAAGUUGCUGUGCAAAUUUAAGCGAGUUCCCUGCAGGCUAUAAUGAUUUCUUCAUCAGUUUGUUCAUGAAAACCAGGACUGUGGAUGGAUAGGACCUGUGCUAGCCACUGAGCCAAUGCUAAAUCAAUAGCUAUUAAGCAGGUGAGAGCUGGUGGAUAAGUAAGCGUAACAGACAUAACAUUAAGUUGAAAUGCACUGAACCUGAGACUGCUGUAUGGACAUGAAGUGCAGGCACUGGAAUGCACUAUAAAACCCUUUUAUACAAACACUGUAGUCGGGAAAUCACCCUGCUAUUGACCCCAGCAGGAUCAUGUCAAUACAUGCACAUAAAGUGGAUAAAAGUAGUAAUAAUUUUAUUCACCUAGCAUGGAGAACACAAUCUUAAUGUAGUUACAGUGUACAAUAAAAGAGGGAUUUUCAAAAACUGAACUAAAAUUACUUUCAACCUUAAUAAUUUGAUUAUAGACUCAUACAUGCACUAUCAUCAAAAAGGUGAAAUCGUAAAUUUGGCCAAAAGUUACUAGUUGUGGAAAGUUCCUUCUUCAGGCACAAGUUAAGGUGCAAACAUACUUGAUUCUAACAAUGUGACCUGAUGCUUCAGACAUAAUCUGUUCAUUACCCUGCAUGCCGGUGAACAGGCAAAGCAGGGAAUUGUUUUCACUGGUGUGUGUGUGUGUGUGUGUGUUUGUGGACAAGAUAAUUCAAAAAUGGGUGGAUGAAUUUCCUUCAAACAUUGUGGGAAUAGUACUUCGAUAGAUAUGUAGAAGUGACUCAAUUUUGUAGGAGCUUGAUUAAAGGUCAAGGAAACCAUGGCACGAACAAUACUUUUUUCUUCUUUGCGCUCUCUACAACAAAGAUGUCGAGACGGAACAAACAUGGUAGGAGUAUUACUUGGCUAGAUAUCGAGAUGUGAUUAUAUUUUGAAGUAGUUUGAAAGGUCAAGGUCAUGGAAAGCAUGGUCUGCAAAACAACAUUUUCUUGUAUUUCUCAACAACCAAGAAGUAUAGUUUGAUGAUCUGAAGCAUAUAUUGUUCAGAAAAAUAUGUGUGAUUGAUUGGUAUGAAUGACUUCAUAAUGAAGUCACACAGAAGUCAUAUGAUUAUGUCAUACAUAUUAAAAACAGACAUAUACAGUAUUUACAGUGUGGUGUGUAGACUGUGCAGGGUAUGCAUUAGCCCUCUGAUGCCUUUCUUCUCUGAUGUUAUUUGUGUGUGUCCUCCAAAAUUUGUGCAAAUUGCAAUACCUGCAACAACCACAGGGGUAGUGUAUUAUGUGUAUGUGCAAGACAUCACCAAGCGGUGAUGUCUUGCACAUAUUGAAGCGGGGUGGGGGCGCCUGGGAAGAGCUUAUGGAGCCAUGAGGUCACUGGAGAGAGGUGUUUUUGCGAUGGCGAUACCUUUGCAAAAGAAAGAAGAUCUAAGUUUUAGAUACCUUUGGUACUAGUAGGUGUCCUCUGAGGAUCCUUGAGCACCACUAAAAUGACUUUGUUUGAAAUGAACAGUUGCUUGGAACCCUGUCGAAUGUCAAAAAAAAAAAAAAAACAUACGCAUGCCACAUCUGGGAAGGAAUAAGAAUUGCGGAGGACAGCCGUCCGAAUACCCAGACUGUGCUCCGACCCGCCCCGACUGACUCAUGCGUGUGCCGCACGCAUGAGCCUCUGAACACAGUACAAAUGUAGGUGGUACACAGUAAGAGUACCUGGACAGCGGUCAGGAUGCAGUAAGAACAGUAAGAAUGCACUUACAAGCGAUUGCGGUACAAUUAAUUUCAAUUUCAAUUUAUUUUCAUUUAUAUAGCACCAAAUCACAAAAGAGUUGCCUCAAGGUGCUUCACACAAGUAAGGUCUAACCUUACCAACCCCCAGAGCAGCAGUGGUAAGGAAAAACUCCCUCUGAGGAAGAAACCUCAAGCAGACCAGAUUCAAAGGGGUGACCCUCUGCUUGGGUAUGAAUGCGGUUCAGCAGAAUAUAUUGCAGCAGCACUCGAAUUUCCCACAAUGCAUUCAGGCACAUUUGGGACUUUCAGCCAGGGCGGAAGCAUGCUGAACGUCCCCCCAGAAUGCAAUCGGAAUGUCACGAAUGCCAUUCUCUCGCCGUCCGUUUGUUUAGAAUGCAGUCAGACAGCGGUCAGACUGCACAUCGACUGCCGUAUAAUGGUUGUUCCACCUCGACUGCACCAAGACUGUUUUGAAUAUGAGCAAAACAUUUGGAGUGGCCGCGCAACUGUUUAGACUGCUCUGAGAAUGCUGUCUGACAUUUUCCAAAUGCACCUCGAUGCUUCCCGACUGCGGGCCAACUAUUCAUUUGGGCGCCAUUCGGCCUCAUUUGCGCUAUGUGUGACGGGGGUGUUAGGGAGCCUCAGAUGAGGAGUAUUACUUGCAUCUUGAGUGAUCAGCUAUGAGAUUUUGUCCAUGUGGUACAUUUCCCUGCGCAUGAUCCAGGAGGUAGGAACCUCAGUGUUGAGGACCCGAGUGCCUGGUGAAGGCCAGCAGGAUCCCCAAAUUCCACCUGGCUGAAAUUGAACAGACAGGUUGACUGACCAAAGCCUGACCCGACCUGAUGUUUGUGCAUGUCCUUUAAAAUUCAUGGAUUUGAAUUGCAGUUCUCACAUCAGCCACGGGGGCAGAAUAACUGAAAGUGGUACAAGACGGUCAAGAAGAAGAAACCAUACAGCUGGAAUAGCAAAGUGAAAACAGCAGAGUUCUAGAGUUGUCCAAGUUGAUGUUGUCAUGUUGCUCUACAGUAACAAAUAUUGUCUGACAGACCACAAAUAAGACAAGAAGAAAGAAAAAACAAUCCUUCAACUCCACGCAAUGCAAAUAUGUAAAAGCUUUUUUUUUUUACAUAGCAUAGUAAAAGUGACGUAUGUUUGUGUCUUUAUGACUGUGAUUAUUGACAUUACUGCUGCUGUUUUUUUAACAUUACAUUCAAUGCUUCAAAAAAAAAAAAGCAAACUGACAAAGGCAUUAACAUUGAAGUUAUCGUGACAUAACCCUGGUUCUCUGAUGUUGAAAGCUUGGAUGCAAGUGUGAUGGAACCCCACACCAGUUAAUCCUGAUUUGUUCAUUUACACAAGUGUGGAAGAAGCCAAAGCUUCAGAACUCUGGGCUUCAAAAGACCGCCUGUAAGUGUUAAUUCUUUCCCAGUCUGUUUGUGAUUGGGUGAGGAAUGUGGUUUUUCAUUCUCACUGUUCUGAGGUGAAGGCAUCCACUGACUUGAUACACUGUCCAACCCAGAUAAACGACAACACCUGCAGUAUUUUGUGUAUAGGCUACACCGCUGCCCGUGACUGAGGUGUUACUGUACAGUAUGUUGUGAUGUUCCAGAUUAAUUUGUGUCGUUACUGUUUUGUUGUGGAGUUCAGUAUCACUAAUCUUGUCCUGUAGUGCAUGAGCCCAGUAUCGCCACACAUCACCGGCUAAAAUUCAACAACUCACUUUGAACAGCUUGUAACACUGAGCAAGACCCAAACACCUGUUUUGUGACUCUGUUUCAAGAUUUUUGUUCAUGAAAUACCUCAAAGUAAAAAAAAAAAAAACAA